GGCCUGGAAGAGAGAGAGAGAGAGACUCCGUCGAUGCUGUUUCCUGUUUGCGGCGGAAGUGACGCCGUGAGGAGGAAGAGGAAGAAGAAGGCAGAGGUAGACAAACAAGAGGAAGAGGAGGAAGGACCCUCUCAGGCAAGAUGAGCCUGAAGUCGGAGCGCCGCGGCAUCCAUGUGGACCAGUCGGAGCUGCUGUGCAAGAAGGGAUGCGGGUAUUAUGGCAACAUCGCCUGGCAGGGCUAUUGCUCCAAAUGUUGGCGGGAGGAAUACCAAAAGGCCCGGCAGAAGCAGAUCCAGGAAGACUGGGAGCUGGCUGAGAGGCUCCAGCGCGAGGAGGAAGAGGCCUAUGCCAGCACCCAGCACCCGCCUGGGGCCCAGUCGCUCACCUUCACCAAGUUCGAGGAGAAGAAGACGAACGAGAAGUCGCGCAAAGUGACCACUGUCAAGAAAUUCUUUGGGGCUUCCCGGCCGGGAGCAAAGAAAGCGCUGGUUGGCAGGCGGAGAGAUGCUCCGGAAGCCAAGGCUCCCAGUCCUUCCAUCAGCCGGCAGGUCAGUAUCGAGACGGACCGCGUCUCCAAGGAGUUCAUUGAGUUCCUGAAGCCUUACCACAAAGCCGGCCAAGAGAUCUACAAGCAGUGCAAGCUGUUCUUGGAGACCAUGCACCACAAGCGGGAGCUGAGCAUUGAGGAACAGUCUGAGUACGCCCAGGACUUCUACCAAAAUGUGGCUGAGAAGCUCCAGACGCGCUGGAAAGUGCCUCCCGAGAGAGCAGAGAAAGCGAUGGACCAGAUUGAGAAGUACCUCAUGACCCGGCUGUACAAGUAUGUUUUCUGCCCAGAAACCACCGAGGAUGAGAAGAAAGACCUGGCCGUCCAGAGGAGGAUCAGGGCUUUGCAUUGGGUGACCCCACAAAUGCUGUGCGUCCCUGUCAACGAAGAGAUCCCGGAGGUUUCUGACGUCGUGGUGAAAGCCAUCACAGACAUCAUUGAGAUGGACUCCAAGCGCGUCCCGCGGGACAAGCUGGCCUGCAUCACCAGCUGCAGCAAGCACAUCUUCAACGCCAUCCGGACCACCAAGAAUGAGCCAGCCUCGGCCGACGACUUUCUCCCCACCUUGAUCUACAUUGUCCUAAAGGGCAACCCUCCCCGGCUCCAGUCCAACAUCCAGUACAUUACCCGCUUUUGCAAUCCCAGCAGGCUCAUGUCUGGGGAGGAUGGGUAUUACUUCACAAACCUGUGCUGCGCUGUCGCCUUCAUUGAAAAGCUGGACGCUCAGUCCCUGAACCUGAGCCAGGAGGACUUCAACCGCUACAUGUCGGGCCAGAGCUCUCCCAAGAAGCCGGAGCUGGAGAACUGGCCGGCCGACGUCUGCCCGGGGGUCCAGCAGAUGCACCACAACCUCGACCUCCUCUCGCAGCUCAACGCGAGGCAGGAGAGGAUUGUGAGCGGGGCCAGGAAGCUGGAGAGGGACCUCAUUGACUGGACCGAGGGGGUCACCAAGGAGGUCCAGGAGAUCGUGGAGAAGUUCCCCUUGGAGAUCAAGGCCCCCAACCCGGCCUUGGCCGCCAUUGACUCCGAAAACGUGGAGAAUGACAAACUGCCGCCUCCCUUGCAGCCUCAGGUUUAUGCCGGCUGAUUUCCCUCUCCUGGUUUCUGGGAUCUCUACAGACAUUGCUGUCCUCCGCUAGAAGGCUGGUCUGAAGGGGGAGUGGGGGGAGGAAGGAAAGGUUGGGUUUGAAACCGGGGCCUUUUGAAAGGUACUUUCUGCUGGCGGUGCACUGCCUGAUAUUUAUUUCUUAGCCGGAGUUGCCCUGUGUCUUGGCGUUCACUUGACUACCUAACCCAUCGUCCCAUGAUACGGAAAGCCAGGCUUCUUCUGCACUCCAGAGGCGUUCAACUGGGGCUCCCAUAACUCCAUGCCCAGCAUCCACUCCCAGAAGUGUUGGAUUGCAAGCUCCCGAAUCCUCCAUGCAAUAUCUUCUUCCCGCGGUGUUGGACUGCAACUUCCACGGUUUGAGGAGUUACAGUCCAAUCCCUCUCAAAGGCAGCCCUCUUGGAGAAAGCCGUAUUGGACUAUAACUAUAUUUUGGCGAUUGUAAACUCUUCCCUUUUCAGGCAUGGACUGUUUGUGUGUGUGUCUGUUUCCGCAAGUGCGUUUCUCCCACCGCCUCCCCUUUAAAACAAUACAUUAAAUUAUUUUCUGCACUUUGCUGAGAAUGCCAAGUUGGAGACUAAAAACAAACCCGGCAAAACAGAAAGGUACCUAGACCUCCCGUCCUCGGAAAAGGAGGCUCUCUCUUGUAAAGUAGACAUUUAAAGAUGUACAUAGGUUUCAGGUAUUGGCCGCUGUCUUCGCCCGCAUGCCAUCUUGGUAAGGAAUGAUCAAUAUUCUGAUUAUUCUUCUUAUUCAUGGUUGGAGUGGCGAGUUCAUAGUUCCAAGAGUUGGGGGAAAGAGGGAAAUGGGUGAUGGAAAGAAAUCAUUGCAUCGUGGCCAGUGACCCAUUGAGCUGUAAAGCCCAUUGAAAAGUUAGUAGCUGUGUAGGAGAGGCUGCCUUACAUAUCUAAGUCUUCAGCCUUUCUAUCUCCUUCUCCAAAUCUUUCAGUGCUCUCCGUUGCUUCAAUUCUCCGCUGGCUUGAAUCCUUCCCCCUUUUGCCAAGGAUCAAGUCGUAUUUUGAAGACGCAAAGAUGUCCUCCAGUGGCUGGACUUAAGUCCAGCAGAUUUCAGAGGGGUUCUCCUAAGGGUCUAUGUGUCUUACGUCCCAGAUGGCGACAACUGACUCUGCCCUGCACAAAUAAUGCACUUUGACACUGCUUUAACUGUUCAAGCGGUGUCAAACUGGAUUAAUUCAGCUGACGUCUGCACUUGCACACUCCACGGUUAUGUUGGUCUUAAGGCUCUGCCUGGUUUCCCUUUUCUGCAGAGACAAAACCACCAGUCGGUUCCUUGGGUGUUUACAUUACAUGCUAAAUCUGACCCAAAGGCAAAGACUGCCUAACCCAUUACUCUCUUGUGUGAUAAACUCCGCUGGAGUCUUUUGCUUGAAGGGGUUGGACUGCAGCUCCCAGCAUCUGGAGGGAAGUCAUCUUGUGGAAAGCUGUCGGGGGCCACUCCUCUUUACAACAUUAACCAUUUUAAUACUGUUUUGAAAAUUACUAUUUCUCCUUCAGUUUUCUCUGAUCUGGUUGAGUCUUGUUCUCACCUCUGCUGAUCUUAUGAGUUUCCAAGGCCUAGGUUUUCUGAGCUGGCAUUUCGGAGGGUGUUUGUUCAAUGCUGCACAAUCCUCCAUUGUUUCUUAAAGCGCUUAAGUUCAGGCAGGUACAAUGUUUGGUCUUGUCCUCCUUUCUUUGAAAUCCAUCUUUGCUCCCAUCCGCCUUUUGAGCAGCCCACCUUUCUCAAAAGCCAGAAGCGAAGGGAGUUCGUCGGAGCAAAGUGAGAGGCCCUCUGAGCAUUAAAUGUUACUUGCUCCUGGACUUAACUCUCUGCUUCCUUUCCCCACCUCUUUUUGUGCCGGCGGGACACACUAGGUGCUAAUUCUGGUUUCCAGGUACAUGGUGACACUCCUGAAAGAUGUAUUCUAGAUGCUGCUACUAAAAAAACACGCUGUCAAAUGAAAUAAAAUCUCUUCAUCCAGA